UCAGUAUCUUUGGUUUAGCUGCAUACUGUAUAACCAAUAUUAAUAUCAGUUAUUUCAUUUCUUGUAGGAGUGUGUGAGUGACCUUGACUUGAGGAAGAUGGUGUCUGUGUCUAUGGACGGACCUAAUGUGAAUUGGCUGUUUUUUGAGAUGCUGCAGCAGGAACAUGCAGAGGAUUUUGGUGGUGCACAGUUAAUCGUAGUUGGCAGUUGUGGCCUCCAUACUGUGCACAAUGCGGUUAAAUGUGGAUUCAACGACUGGCAAGUGGAAAAGGUUCUAAGAGCUCUACACACAAUAUUCCUGAAUGUGCCUGCAAGGAGAGAAGAUUUCUGCAAACUAACCCAGUCAAACACCUUUGCCUUGCCAUUUUGUGGCCAUCGCUGGGUGGAAAACCUUCCUGUGGUGGAAAGAGCACUUCUCAUCUGGCCUAACAUUCUGAAAUAUGUGGAUGCUGUUUCUACUAAAAAACUCCCCAAUCCUGGAACCUCGUCAUUCGACACAAUUGAGGCAGCAGCCAAGGACCACUUCAUCAUGGCGAAGAUGCAUUUUUUUAUGGCAGUGUCGCAGAGUGUUUCGCCUUUUCUCACUAAAUUCCAGACAGAUGAGCCUGUGCUGCCUUUUGUUGGAGAUGACCUGGCAGAAUUGCUGAAGAGUCUUCUAAGGCAAUUCAUCAAAUUGGAACUGCUCCAUGAUGCCACCCCUCUGCAUUUGGUCUGAAUAGAUGUUACUGAUAAGUCUUCCCGGGUGCCAGCAAAAGCUGUUGAUAUUGGCAUUGGUGCCGAGAAUGCCAUCAAGGCGAUCUGAUCACCCAACAGUUUUCUCAAUUAUUGUCACUGGAGGUGAGGAAUGAGCCAGAAUUCUUAGUCUUCAAGCCUCUGGAAAAGAGGCUGGAUGUUUUCCUUCACCGCCAUGUUAGUGGUCCUUACCCAGAGCAUUGGACUUUCAUCCAGAAGCUUUUGCUCCUCUCUCAUGGACAGGCAACUGUGGAGAGGGGUUUUUCUGUAAACAAGGAAGUGGAGAUUUGCAACAUUCAAGAAGACACCCUUGUAGCACACAGGAUUGUGUGUGAUUAUGUGUCACUGCAUGGAGGGGUGACCAAGGUGCCUCUCACACAGGAGCUGCUAGCCUCAGUAUCAUCAGCAAGGAGCAGAUAUCGGAUCCACCUCGAGACAGAAAGGCAAAAAAAGGAAUCAGAGGCACAGGGCUUGAAAAGGAAAGCUGCAGAGGAGCAUCUGGAGAAACUUAAGAAGACCAGGUUG